UUGCAUAAAUAUGUCAUGCUAUCCAAAUUUCAGGACCUGACCGGAGUACUACAAAUGGCGAAGUCCAUGUACGUUAUGCAUGAAGAGGGUGGGCGCCAACGGUGGGCGAGAGUGAGCGUACAUGACUGUCUUCUGCACCUUCACGCCCUCGCAGAUAAUCCACCUCCUUCGAACUCCAUCACCUUUUCAUAUUCAAGUGUGCGUUCGCUGGUGCCGACAGAAGCAACAACCGCAUUCCUCGACCUGGGCUGGCAGGGGCAGACACAAGGCCGCGUCUACGUGCGAAUGUUCGGCGACACCCGACGCGGCCAGCAGUUCCUCCUGCUGUGCUCCGGGGAGAAGGGCCCUUGCUACAGACUCACAAGGUUCUUCGACGCAGACCGGAUCGGCGAGCGCGGAGAAAUCAUCCGAGGCGGGGACUAUGAGCACAACGACGGCACGGGCGGCGCGGCCAUCAUGGACGGGCUGCUGAGCGGGGGCGUGUACCACCGGGAGGCCGUGGCGGGGCUGGUGGUGGGGGCUCAUGCCAGCCAGGCGGAGCGACUAGGCGUUUUCGGCAUAAUCCUGACCGAAUGGCCGGGGAACAAAACAGACACAGGCUUCGGUCUUGUCACCAGCGGACUCGGGACCUUGAAGUCCGCUGCGAGACGCAAGCCAGUCACCGACGUCACCAUAGAGAACUGCGGCUUAGUGAUACCCAUUUGAUGUUUCACCGGCAAUUUUGCUCAUGCUUAUUGUCUCAUGCUUUAUAUAUACAUGCAUAUAUAUAAAUGAAUGUGUGUAUAUAUAUAUAUAUAUAUAUAUAUAUAUAUAUAUAUAUAUAUAUAUGUAUAUAUAUAUGUAUAUAUAUAUAUAUAUCAAAACAGUGAUAGUUUUGCCAAGUGAUAUAGAAUAAGUAAUAUAUAUAUUGUUUUGUUUACAUGUCAUUCAUAUUAUGUUUUUACAUUUUUAUAAUGAUAGAAAUAUAAUGCUAUAUAUUGCAAGUAGAAUAUUGUUUAGCCAUGACGAAGAAGCCAAGAAAAGACAAACACGGUACACAGUGUGUUAAUAAUGACACACACACACACUCAUACACA